ACUCAAUUUUAAAUAUACUUCUCUAAAACGAGCUAAAUAUGGAGACAUGCAAAGAACUUGCUCUGACCCAGAUGAGAAAAUCACUUGACAACCUUGCUUCUUCUCCCGAGAAAUAUGUAGAUGAAACGUUGAUGAGGUUCUUGAUUGCAAGGUCAAUGGACCCGGAAAAGGCGGCAAAGAUGUUUGUUCAGUGGCAAAAAUGGAGGGCUGCUUUCGUUCCAAAUGGGUUCAUUUCUGAAUCCGAAGUUCCGGAUGAAUUGGAGGCAAGGAAGAUUUUUUUGCAGGAAUUGUCUAAAGAUCGAUAUCCAGUGUUGAUUUGCAAAGCUAGCAGGCAUUUUCCUGCUAAGGAUCCUGUUCAGUUUAAGAAAUUCGUGGUCCACCUGCUGGACAAAACGAUUGUAAGCUCCUUCAGAGGAAGAGAAAUUGGAAAUGAAAAGUUAAUUGCCAUUCUUGAUCUGCAACAAAUUUCAUACAAGAACGUUGAUGCACGUGGAUUGAUCACUGGGUUUCAAUUUUUGCAGGCUUACUACCCUGAACGCUUAGUGAAACUAUACAUCUUACAUAUGCCACAAUUCUUUGUCAGUGUUUGGAGGAUGGUUUCCCGCUUUCUAGAAAAGGCAACACUGGAGAAGGUUGUGAUUGUGACAAACGAAGAAGAACAAAAGGACUUUGUGAAAGAAAUCGGUGAAGAAGUUUUGCCAGAAGAAUAUGGCGGACAAGCAAAGUUUGUUGCUCUCCAAGACGUUACCGUACCGCCAUUGGAUGAUGAAUCCCUCAAAAUGGAGUAAGACAGGUCUCUAGUUUCAUCUCCUAUAAAUGUUAAAUGUAUAAAUAAUACUGACUCAAGCACUAGGAAUCCAGUUCAACAUAUAGCAGCGUCUUAGAA